CUAAAUGCCAGACGCCCAAUCCGCACCAAGCCAACCGCGACUAGUCCGAUGUUCCCACCCGCGGAAGUGUGUAACGCUAUACCAUCUUGUGGGGAUCUCAACAUCUCGACUUCCAACAUACCGUAGAGUCGCGCAAAUAACAGGCACACCGCAAUCCGUAGUAAGUCAGGACUUGUAGUGACAUCAUUAAUUUCCUGACGCAG